ACCUAGCGUGAGAUGGCAGCGUAGUGAGACAGAUUUUUUCCUGGUGUUUCUCAAGGAUACACGGACUUGUGUCGUCUGGUUGGACAUAGUGUUUAUGACCUGAUGAUUCUCUUUGUGUGUGCUAUAGCGUAGAUCGGUUAUCCUAGUGUCUUGUGUGAGUAGUUUAGUUUACAACUGGUGAUAGUGUGCUCAAAAAAUAUUUGGAUUUCUUAUACAAAGUUGUCGGAUUGCAAAAACGUUUGAUGUGUAAUUAAAACCUAAAACUGUACCACCCGAACUUAAAUGAGGUAGUUGGUGUCACGGAGCUAAGGCUUACGGUGACCCCCGUGUAUUGAUGCUGUGGUUGGAGUGAGCGCUUGAUUCCUCCAGUCGGCUCGUCACACAAUGUCACGUUACAGCAAUGGAUUCAACCACCGGCCAGCUAGCACGGGGAUAUACAUGUCUCUGUGGGAAAACAAGCUCCAGGAACUUGUGGAGCUGCUCACUAGGUCCAGCCUUGAACACCAUAAACUGGACUUGAUGGCCGAAGUUUCUCAUUUAAAAAUGAGACUGUCAUCCGCAGAGAAGGACAGAAGAGAACUGGAUGACAGAUUCAGGGCAGUUCAAAGGCAGGUAACAGAGCUGGAGGCUAAACUGUUGAUGAAAGAUGCAGAAAACUCAGAGCUGCGCCUCAGGCUAGGAAGAAAUGGAACACUACCCCUAGAUAGUUCAGAUACUGAGGUGGAGAAAUUGAAAAGGGCUAUUGAUACGUUAAUGCUGGCUAAUGAAGAAAAGGAGAGAAAACUGGAAGACAUGAGACGAUUAUUGAAGCGCUACAGAAGAGUGGAAGAAAUAUUAGUACAGGCUCAAGGUCGGAAAGCUGUAGAGGAGCUGCUGAUGAAUAUUGAAGAUGGUGACACCAGCUCCAACAGCUCCUCCACAACACCCUCUGUGGGGGAGACAGCAAUCAGGGAUCAGCCAUAUCCAAUGUUUCAUCCUGAUGAUCGACCAGACAAGCAUUAUCUUUCUUCACCUAGUGCUACCAGCACACCUAUGCAUCAGUUGAACACCAGUUUUAAUGGUGGCAAUGCUGUGUCCUCUAUACCUGUCAACUCUAGACAAGCCAUGGGGAUGACACGCUCAAACAGUUGUGAACAUUUGGUGCCGGGAUCUAAACCAAAGACACCGUCAUUCAGAAAGAAAGACGAGCAGUCCCCGGUAGGUGGCCCCCCUCCAGGAUCAGGCGGAUAUGGUACGUUACCCAAGCAGCGCAGUAAAGAAGAUGUUCGGGAGGGUAAAAGGUCCCGUGGGUUCCACAGCCUGGGCAAAACACUCCUGAGGGUUAGGUCAGGCAAACGAAGCAGCUCAGCUCCUAAUCUAGCUCACACCGAGGUGGUGACAGAUGAUGAGGAUGGCCUGCAACACUACGGGCAUGAUCCCAGAGAAUACAAGAAGAAGCGGGGCCUGCUUCGUCUCUUUGGCAAACUCAAGCGCAGCAGCUCACAGGACUUUGAGGGGAGCAGAGAGAGGGCCCCUGAUGGGGAGUUUAAGAGAGGGGGUGUUAGAGCCACAGCCUCUGCUAGACUGGCCUGGAACAGGGACAUGAAAGGUCGCAUAAACUCUGAGGUCCCAUUUGCUCGCUGGGACACAGAUAGAGUAACAGCGUGGAUGAAUGACAUUGGCCUGAACUUGUACUUGGUUGACUGUAAGAGAUGGGUGAAGAAUGGGGAGCAGCUGCUACGUUGUUCCCAGCAUGAUCUAGAGAAGGAGUUGGGCAUGAAAAAUGGCCUUCAUCGCAAAAAACUUCAACUUGCCAUGCAGGCCAUGGCAACUGAGAACAUUGACAAGUUCAUGGAGCUGGAUUAUAACUUUGUAGCAAGAUGGCUUGAUGACAUUGGAUUACCUCAGUACAAAGAUUCCUUCUAUGAUGCAAGAGUUGAUGGCAGAAUGCUCAACUACCUCACUGUGGAAGAUCUGUUUGCUCUCAAAGUUUUUAAUGAAGUCCAUCAUGUCUCAAUUAAACGAGCCAUACAAAUUCUACGUCUGAACAAUUUUAAUCCAAACUGCUUGAGGCGCAGACCAGCACCUGAUGAGCCCCAUCAGAUGAAGGGUAUACCAGGAGAGGUUGUGCUAUGGACUAACCACAGGGUGAUGGAGUGGUUAAGGACAAUAGAUCUUUCAGAAUACGCUCCAAAUCUGAGGGGUAGUGGUGUACAUGGUGCUCUCAUGGUUCUUGAGCCGAGGUUUAAUUCUGAGUUGUUUGCCGUCCUGUUGUCUAUACCACCCAGCAAGACUUUGUUGCGGCGCCACCUCAACACACACUUCAUCAGUUUGAUUGGUCCUGAAACUCAGACUCGCAAACGUGAACAUGAAUCUCAACCUGGUUAUGUCCCUCUUCAGCCUAAUAACAAGGUCAAGAAGGGCAAGUUUGCUUUAUUUAGCCACAAAAGAACAAAGUCUGAAACAGAAGCUGAUGGUUUCAUUUGUCCACUAGAGCUCAAUGGCCAGUAUUCUAAUGGCAAGAGAGAUGAAAAAGCUGCAAAAGAGAUUGGUGCCUAUUCCCAGGAGAUCAAUUCACUCACAAACAUGUUAUCACAUGAAAGAUUUCUUGAUUCUGCUAAAACUUCAAACGUUUAAAAGUGACAUAGAAAUAUUAGAUUAAGAAAUGAAAAAAAUUUUCUACUGGUGAAGAAAAAAACAUUGCAUUUACUGGAUAAUCCUUGGAUUACAUUGAGCUACAUCUAUCAAGGCCAGGAUUGUUUUUUUAAUGUUUCUACUGUGUACAUAGGAGGCAAGCCUCAUCAGGCCCUCGUGUGGAGAUUCACCAGUUAUACACACAUUUGCUGUAAUAUUUGCUGAGGACUACUGAACUGAUUGAUGUGAGAUUUUUACACCAACAUAAUCAACUACUGGUACUUUUUUUUAUUAUUGUACAAUUUCUACAUUUUUGCUCCAUGAUAUGGCUGGAAUAGAUUCCAAAUGCUGGUAAGGAAGAGAAUUUUGGGAAAUAUUUUACCAGGUAACUUAAUAAUUUUUUUUAUUGAUUUCUUUUUAUGUGUGUACCCUGUGUCAUCAGUUUAUAAUGUGUGUAGAGUGAAAAAUUACUUUUAUAAAAGCAAUGUGACCAUCUGUCCUGUAACUUAUCAUUGUUUCAUGAAAAUGAAGUUAACUAGAUCUAAAGUCAAAGGAAGAAAGAAAAUAUCUGUCAGUUAUUAUGGAAUCCAUAAUAUAAUGUACAGAUAAAUCAUAUGGAUACAUAGCUUUAAAUAAUUACAAACCAAUUUGUGCCUAGCAUAAUUUUUUACUGUGGUAAAAUGCUGCUUUUGUCACAUUUUUCACAGUCUGGACUUCCUGUGUUGUGAAUAAAGGGAUGUCACUCUAAAAUGUGUUCAUCUAUAAAUAGAUAUUUCCACACAUUGUUUUUAUAAUAAAUGAUGCUAUGUAUUAAAAUAACUUAAAACAAAUAUUGGUUGUGAGAAUAAAAUGUCCUACCUUGAUGUUAAAAGGUAAGCACAUUUUAAACAAUACUUUAUUAUACAAGGUUAUGAUAUCAGUUCAUCUACUCUUAAGAUAAAAAUUGUUGAACAAAUAUAAAUCAAUGAAGCCUUUAUUGCCCAAAUACUGCAGCUGAUCUGUUACUCAACUAUGUUGUUAUCUAUAAAAGGUAAUUAAGUCAGUCUCAUACAAUGGGAGAUGAAUGUUCUUUUGUUAUCAAGCUAUCCCAGGGAAUUGAUUUACUUCCUCCUGACUAAUAUGUGACAUUGUGUUCAAUGUAGAGCAGAAAUUUGGGACCAUAUAUAUACAGGAAUUGUAUUAAAGAUGUAUAGCUUAACUAGACAAAGAAAUCAGCAUUUCUUCUCUAGCUUUAUAUUUUGCCAAGAGUUAUCCUGAGGUUAGGUAGUUAAUAACACAAAUGAAGUAAAGGUUUGAACUGAUACCCUCAAUCAAUUAACUAAUUUUUUUUUAAAUAAUUGAAACUAGAUUUAUGUGUGUAAAAAAAUUUUUUAAUUUAGUACAAAAACAUAGAUAAUAUUAGUGUAAUUAAUAUAUUUUUUAAAAAUAAGUGACAUUGGCAAAGUGUUUUUUGUCUUGAAAAUUUCAUGCUCUGAUGUAUGUCAUUGAAUAAUGCAUUACGAAAGGUUAAUUGUUCUGAACCUGGUGUAGUGAUAAAAGACUGAUCUAUAUGUAAACAAUGAUUGUAUCAUUUAUUGGGUUGAAGGGAUCAAGCCAACAGCUUAUACAACUGAUAACCAUAAUCACUGUACUGGAUAGAUGUCCAAGGCACUUAAGUACCUAGCAUAGUUUUUUUUUAUACUCACAAAUGUUAUCUUACAUAGCACUAGUAGAUUAUUGUUUACAUUUUGUAGUUGUGUUUAUCUGUUUACCUGAAUGUCUGUUGUUUAAAUUCUCUCUCAGCCAGUAAGAUGUGAUAUCUUUUUUAAAGAUAUAUCUCCAUCAAAAUAUUUUGCUCUAUAAAUAAAAUUAAAAUAUUUAUAUAUAUAUAUACAUUGUUAAAAAUUAAUGAAUAAAUAAAACCAAAUAAUGACGUCUUCCAUAUUGAUGUUUCUGCGGUAACAACUAUUUUCCCAUUUCUUGUUUUGGUUUUAAAAUGUGAUGUCAAGCAAAUCUGGUCUUCUCAACAAACCAGUGAGUUUUGUGCCAACUCUAGUAGGAUUUUACCAGCAGUUUCUUGUUUCCUCUAGCAUUAAACUUGUACAUGUAAGGAUCUGGUAUCUAACUUAAGUUAACUGUAAUGCUCUUAAUGGCAUGUUUUUUUUUGUCCAUUCUCUUGUAAGUUAAAUUUUGAUAUGUGGAAUAUUAUAUAAAUUAUAUAGUUACACAAACAACUUUUGUGUUUUACAGGAAAAAAUGUUAGUUUUAUACAAUAAGGAUACAUACUUUUUAAAAUUGGGUACAAAUAGUACAAUUGUUUUUUAUUUAUAAAACCUUAUCUUUUUAACUACUUACGCUUUUUUUUAAUCAUAUGUCUGUUUAGUUUUCUUUCAAUAAAUUUAAGUCUGUUCCAUGUGAUAUAAAAUGAGUGAAGUAAAAUGCUAACGAUUGAUGUUGUCAAAACUUUAAUGAUGGAUGAAAAAAAUGAUAACAAUAGAUGAGAUAAAACUCAUGAUGGAUGGGAUGUAGAGGAUAUAUACGUGUGACAGCUUGCUACUCUAUGGGGUAAUGUUUCUUGUACUUUGUUUUUAUCAUACUUAAAUAUAUCUAUUUUUCUACAGCAACUCCCAGCUUUUAAUCUAAGCCAGUAUGAGCUUCUUUUUACCAUGUUCAUUUCAGUGUGUGUGUAUGAAGAAAAAUUCAAUGAUUGUUGUGCUGAAGUAAGCUUGAUGUACAUAAUGUAAUAAAAAGUCUGAUUAAUAUUUAGUUAUUUAAAUAUUCUAUACAAAUAAAUGAUUAUGUAGAGAA